AUGCAAUCUCAUGCGAACUGGAAGACCCUUGAGGGAAUAGCUACCAGUCUGCUUGACGGCAGCCCCAUUGCAAUUGCAGUCACAGUCUUCAUUGCAUUUGGGCUACCUAUUCUGCUGCACCUGAUCUUCUACCGAACAGUUGCUUCUCCACCCUCCAGCAAUUUCCUACUCCUUGGUCCCAGUGGGGCUGGCAAGACCGCUCUCUUAAGCCUGCUUGAGACUAAAUCAUCACGUGUUCCUCCCAAAGACUCUCGGCUCACACAUACCUCGCAAACGUCUACUGUCGCUACCAUCAGCCUUCCCGCCUCCAUCCAGACCGCUUCGAACCGCUACCGCUCUGUCAAUGACACCUCCCUGAAGGAUAUCUCCAAGAACCCUGUCAAGUACCGCGUAUGGGAUACUCCGGGCCAUGGAAAACUGCGGGGAUCUCAGGGACUUGCGACAUUGCUGUCAAUGUCAACGUCUAAGGAUGUAAAGUCCAAGUUGCGCGGAGUCCUCUUUAUGGUCGAUACGGCUGCUCUUGUCGAGGCUGAGACUCUGCGAGAUACAGCUUCAUAUCUGUAUGAUGUGCUUUUAGCCCUCCAGAACCGAGCCCUUAAGAAGGGCAAGAAUUCCGCCAAAGCAGCCUCGGAGAUCCCCGUUCUCGUGGUGGCCAACAAGCAAGACCUUUUUACUGCCUUACCUCCAGGGUCAGUGCGUGAAAAGCUGGAGGCUGAGAUUGACAGAAUCCGGAAGUCCAAGAGCAAAGGUCUCAUGGAUGCUAGCGCUGACGCUGGAGUUGAUGAGGGCGAAGACGAUAUCCUGGGAAGUACUGACACUCGGAUCAAGUUCAGCUUCCGAGGCCUAGAAGAUGAAAUUGGCUUGACUGUUGACAUUGUCGGUGGCGCAGUCAAGAGUGAUGAGGAGGGCAACCUCGGGGCCGGCGUCAGAAAGUGGGAGGAAUGGAUUGGCCAACGCCUCUGA